AUGAAUAAUUACAACUCUGAAGACAAGAAUCAUGAACAACAGGAAGAUGCUAUGUCAGAAGAAGAAAGAUAAUUUGCUGAAGAAUUAGAUUAGAAAAUUUAGAAUGCAUAACAAAAAUUGGAUUAGUUAGGAUUAAUAUAGAGCAGAUUAAGUUGGUUGUAAGAUACAAUAAAGCAGAGACAAGAAGAGAAUCCAUUGACAGAUGAGGAAAAGAAAGAGAAAUUUUAAUAAUUGGCAGAUAAAGCAAUCGAUAUACCUAGAAUGUUGAUAUAAUUUUAGUGA